AUGGCUUCCUCUUCUUCUCCCUUCACACCCUAUGCCGGCCCUAACACAGCCAGUUUUCUCAAACUCGACGACCACAAUUACCUUCAGUGGCUUCGUCAAAUGAAGCCCUUCCUCAUUGGCCAAGACCUCUUUAAAUAUGUCGACGGCUCUUCACCCCCGCCUUCUCCCACUCUCUCGGUCCUCUCUUCUGUCGACCCCAAAUCCACUGAUUCCGCCUCCUCCGAUCCCAAACCCUCUGAUCCUUCCACUGUCAUCAUCACCCCCAAUCCCGCGUUUGCGGUGUGGCACCGCCAUGAUCAGUUGGUUUCACCACCUCUCCCCUCUUUCUCGGACCUCCGCUCACGCAUCCUGGCUUUUGAAGCCCAGGAUCCCAACUUCUCUACCUCCUCACAACCACUCCCUCAUACUGCUCUCUACACUACCACAUCCCACUCAUCUCCCUCUUUUUCCCACUCCGGCAAUGGUCGCGGCCGUGGCCGCGGUCGUGGACGUGGUUCUUCAUCCUACCGCAACUCUUCCAACAACCGGCGCCACUCUCCAUCCUCUCCACAUCCCGGCUCCCAUCAUGGCCAGUCUCUUGCGCCCUCUUGGUCUCCUUCUUGGCCUCCCCGUGCCCCUGCACCAGCAUCUUUUGGCUCCAGCCACUCCCCUGGUCUCUUAGGGCCGUCUCCUCACUGGUGUGCCACCUGCGGCACCACGCAGCAUCCCCAGGCUCACUGCCCUCAUCGCUUUUCUGGUCCUACCCAAUACCAGCCCUUUGCUGGCGCCCACUUUGCUCAUCCACCUGCUGAUGCUGUUUGGGACACUGGCGCCACGCAUCAUAUGACCAGAUCUGCUACUCCUCUUCAGAACUCAUAUCCUUACACUGGUUCCCACAAUGUCUACAUGGGUAACGGUGAUUCCAUGAAUAUCACCCAUACUGGUACUCUCCCCUUAACUCUUGGCUCCUCGCACUUCCGCUUACCACAUGUCUAUCGCCUUCCCUCUCUCCAGAAAAACCUUCUUUCUGUUGCUCAGUUCUCUAAGGAUCAUCGUGUCUGCUUCUUGUUUGCUCCUAAUUACUAUAAAAUUUUUGACUUACUCACUGGUGCUUUACUCUUUCAGGGCCCCUGUGAAGAUGGUCUCUAUCCUGUCCCCCCCGCCUCUGUUCCCUCAUCCAAUCCUCCUGUUGCCCUUGCCGUCCUCCACUCUACCACCUGGCAUCGUCGUCUUGGUCAUUCUUCGGCCUCUGUUCUCUCUCGUCUCCAGUCUACCUUAGGCUCUAAAUUUAGUUCUUCUCAUUUUUUUUGUAAGGAUUGCGUUUUAUGCAAAUCCACCCAACUUCCCUUCAUUAAUAAGAGUGCUUAUGUUUCUUCUCCCUUUCAAAUUAUCCACUCUGAUGUAUGGAUGUCCCCGGUUCCCUCUAUCAGUGGGUUCUGCUACUAUGUUCUGUUUACUGAUGAAUUCUCUCGUUAUACAUGGCUUUAUCCCAUGCGCCGCAAAUCCGAAGUAUUAUCCCACUUCAUCACUUUCGUCUCCCUUGUUCGCAAUACUUUCUCUGCCUCCGUUCACACUCUUCAAAGUGACAACGGCACCGAAUUUGUGAAUCAUGCCUUUUCCUCCUAUUGUCUUUCCCAUGGCAUCCAACAACGUUUCUCUUGCCCUUACACCCCUCAACAAAAUGGUCUCGCUGAGAGAAAACACCGCCACAUCGCCGACAUGAUUCGCACUCUCCUUCACACCGCCCAGCUCCCUCCUGCAUAUUGGGCUGAUGCCGCCCUCAUUGCUAUUCACAUCAUCAAUCUUCUUCCCACCCCCACCCUGAACUGGCAGUCCCCCCUUCUCACCCUCAUCACAAGGGCUAUCGUUGUCUUCAUCCUCCCACCGGUCGUGUUUAUGUGUCGCGUCAUGUUAUUUUUCAAGAGGAUUCUUUUCCGUUUACUAACUUGCAGGUACAGCCCUCUAGCUCCUGGGUCCCCGUGGACAUCCAGCCCGUGUCCACCAUGUUGCAGCCCCUGCUGCCCAGUCCCAGCGCUUUGCCUUCAUCUUCUGCACCGGCCUCUUCUGCUCUUCCGGAUCCCGUGUCCCCUCCACCUUCCUCCACCUGGUCUGGUGUGCCCUCGGCUCCUGCCGAGCCUUCCUCUCCACUCGCUCGCUCAUCACCUUCCCGUGACCUCUUCGACCCACCGUCCCCCCCCAGUUGCUCCUCCAUCUCCGCCUCUGCAGCCGCCUGCACCAUCCACACAGCCGCUGCCUCCUUCCCAGCUCGCACAGCCGCUGCCUCCUUCCCAGCUCGCACCGCCUGCAGCUUCUCGUCACUCCAUGACCACACGUCUGCGUGAUGGUAUCACCAAGCCCAAGCAUUACUCCGAUGGCACCACUCGGUAUCCUCUUCCCAAGGCUCUCCUGCACCAACUUGCUGACCUCGAACCCACCUGUUUCACUCAGGCCGUCAAAAGUCCUGAGUGGCGGUCUGCCAUGUCUGAGGAGAUCAAUGCUCUCCUCAAGAACAACACCUGGUCCCUUGUUCCUGCUCCUCCUCAUCGCAUGCCCGUUGGUUGCAAGUGGGUCUUUCGCAUCAAACGUCGCUCCGAUGGUUCUCUUGAACGCUACAAGGCGCGUCUCGUCGCCAAAGGAUUCCACCAACAACCCGGCGUCGACUACUCCGAAACCUUCAGCCCCGUCGUGAAGCCCGCCACCAUCCGCACCGUUCUUAGCAUUGCUGUCUCCCGAAGGUGGCCCAUGUGCCAACUUGACGUGAAAAAUGCCUUCUUGCAUGGCUUUCUCCACGAAGACGUUUACAUGUCCCAACCACCCGGCUUUUCUGAUCCGGAUCGCCCUCACCACGUUUGCAAGCUCCACAAGGCUCUUUACGGCCUCAAACAGGCACCUCGUGCGUGGUUCCACCGAAUCAGCUCAUUUCUUCUUGCCGCAGGCUUCAAACAAAGUCUCAGUGACUCUUCCCUCUUCAUUUAUAUUGUUGGUGCUAAUACUAUCUAUCUCCUUCUCUAUGUUGACGAUAUUAUCGUCACUGGCAGCUCUUCUACUCUUCUGCAAAACUUCAUCGACGCCUUGGGUCGCGGGUUCGACAUUAAAGACCUUGGUCAGCUGCACUACUUUCUUGGUCUUCAGGUUCUUCACAACAAUGGCAGCCUCCACGUUCACCAGCUCAAGUAUGCGGUUGAUCUUCUGCGGAAACAUAAUCUCCAUCACAGCAAACCAGUCUCCACGCCCCUAGCAGCCAAGGUCUCUCUUUCUCUCCUUGAUGGCACCCCCCUUGCAUCCCCCACUGAGUUUCGGGAAAUUGUUGGCUCUCUCCAAUACCUCACGCUUACGCGCCCCGACAUUGCCUAUGCUGUCAACACUGUCGCCCAGUUCAUGAGUUCCCCCCGUGCUCCCCACCUUAUCGCAGCCAAGCGUAUACUUCGCUAUGUGAAGGGCACUCUUGAUCAUGGUCUUGUCUUUCGUCCUCAGCCCCUCACCGCCCGCCUCUGUGCCUACUCCGAUGCCGACUGGGCUGGAUGCCCUGACACUCGACGCUCCACGAGUGGCUAUCUUGUCUACUUUGGGUCAAACCUCCUCUCUUGGUGCUCCAAGAAACAGCCUACCAUUGCUCGCUCCAGUGCCGAGUCCGAAUAUCGUUCUCUAGCUCACUCCUGUGCCGAAACAACCUGGCUUUUCUCUCUGCUUCAGGAACUCGGCGUCACUAUCCCUCUCCCGGUUCUCCUCUAUUGCGACAAUCUCAGUGCCACCUACAUGGCAGCUAAUCCCGUCUUUCAUGCUCGCACCCGCCACAUUGAACUUGACUAUCAUUUUGUCCGUGAAAAGGUGGCUCUUGGAAGUCACCGUGUUCUCUUCAUUCCUUCUAUUGACCAGCCCGCCGACCUGCUCACCAAGGCUCUCCAUAAGCCUCGUCACACGCUGCUUUGCUCCAAACUUGUUCAGCCAAGGCCGCCCAGUUUGCGGGGGGGUGUUAGCGAGAUUCUCUCGCUUCCUCAAAACUCUCACACAAUCCCUACAAUCUCUCCAUCUUCACCAACGUUUCUUGCCCUCCCAAAUACCAGUAUCGUUGUGUUCUUACAUUCGGGUUCAACUCCAGGCUCAACGACUACAAGUGAGGUAUUUGAACAAGUGUUGCUGCCGGAGGCUAUUGUGGAGGGACUUGAAGGCGUUGAGGGAGAAAUUCAGGCGUACAAGGAGUCGGUUUGCUUAUUGCAAUGCGAAAGAAGUGAGCCAGAGCUCCACGUCGGCAUAUGGGUUCUCCAGGAGAAGUGUUUAAAUAAGAUGCACACUGUUGUUAUUCCUGGAAUGUGGCCUAUGCCAUUGGGCUUUAAAACGAAUGAUGAACUCCUCGUGAACUAUGUUGGAAAGAAAGGUGAGAUUUAUCUGGCUAUUUACAAUCUUCAAACCAAGCAGAUCAAUGAAACCAGAGUUAGCUUGCCCAAGCAUUGUUCUCUUGACUCUGAUGCUGCGGAUACUUAUGUUGAAAGUUUACUCUUACUCAAGGGUUGGAGCAUCCGAACUUAA